UUUAACAUGAUUGCUUUCUUUUUUAUUUCGCAUAACUGAAGGGUUAAGAGAUCCAUCUCAUUCAUAAGUUUCUAUCUAUGGUAAUUAUUUAUUCCUGAAAGGGAGGUAGAAAUUGAUUAAUAGAGUUAAAGGCACCACUAUCCUAUUUAUAGCUCCCCUACUCUCUUUCUAGCUCACACCCUUUGUUUACCAACUUGAUCCAGAAAACAAGUAAUAGCAAAGGCAUAGAUAAAAUACACUACUUGGGCAACCGCAAUUGUGGGGAGUUGAGCAAAUUAUGGGAGUGAAAGUUGAAAAAAGCAGUGAAAACAAAGAAGAAAAGGGAAGAGAAAUUGUACUAAAAGUUUACAUGCAUUGUGAAGGAUGUGCGGACAAGAUUUUCAAUUGUUUGAAAGGUUUUGAAGGCAUUGAAGAAGUGAAGACGGAUGUUAAAGGUGACAAAGUGAUAGUGAAGGGACCAAAGGCUGAUCCAUUGAAGGUCUUGGAAAGAGUUAAGAAGAAAUAUAGUAGAAAUGCUGAGCUCAUUUCUCCCAAACCAAAACCUAAGGCUAAUGACAAACAGGAGUUACAAAAGAAAGCAGAGCCUCAAAUUAAAGUUGUUGUGCUUAAAAUGUACAUGCACUGUGAAGGCUGUGCAAAUGAUAUUAAAAAAGGUAUACAGAAAAUGGAAGGAAUUUUAAAUGUUGAACCGGACAUGAAGAAGUCGACGGUGACAAUUAGAGGAAAUUUUGAUCCACCAAAACUUGUUAAAACCAUCACCAAACAAUUGGGAAAGCAUGCAGAAAUUGUGGGAGAGCGAUCACACGAUAAAGAAAAUGUGAAGGAUAACAAGAAAGGCAAAGGAGAAGAGAUCAUAUUCCAUUACCCUCCACAAUAUUCCGUACAACAUAUUUAUCCUGCUCAAAUUUUUAGCGAUGAAAAUAUUUUCUCGUGCUCCAUUAUGUAA